CCGGGUCACCGAGUGAGACUCGGAGACGCGACGACCCGAGUGCGAGUUUUCGUAUCUUCUUGUCCUGACUUCUGAAUCUCCAAUAUAAAACGUGUGGGCUUUCCCUGUUCUAAGUUAUCGGCUUCUAUGUUAGAGACGAAGAAAGAGAGAGAAAAUAUUUGAGGGUGAGGGAGAAAUGGGACCGACUUUGGAUUUGAGCUUGGUCUUUGUCCCGAAAACCAUUUCUGAAUUCCUCGGAGAAAUUUCAACCAACAAAAACGGCUCCGAGAAACUGUCAAAGCUCGAUGAUUGUGUGCAAAGAUUGGAAGAUGAAAGGAGGAAGAUCGAAGCUUUCAAACGCGAGCUUCCUCUCUGUAUGCUUCUCUUAACCGAUGCUAUUGGCAGGUUGAAGGAGGAGGCAAUGCAGUGUACGGAAAUCGAUAGCGCUGACAAGAAGAACUGGAUGAGCUCUGCUCAGCUCUGGAGCAAUGGUACCACCUGCGAUUACAAGAAAGAAGACUCAGCCUCAGAAGCAAAAUUGCGAGGUGAAGAAGACGAUCGGUCUGUGCUGGAGAACCCGGCUCAGCCAUGGGGUAAGCGAAACAGGGGAGGGGCAUUUGAGGCAUCAAAGGAAGAAAACGAGGUUUCACAAGUCACUGGUCUUUCGCUUAUGAUUCCUCCACUGCUUGAAUUGAAUCCAGGCAAUUCGGUUUCCAAAAAAAGAAGCUAUUCUGGUUGCAGAGGUGGUUCUUCUGGUUCACCUUUGUUGACAGACCCACCUAGGAAACAAAGGCGGUACUGGUCGCCUCAGUUGCAUCGGUGUUUCUCCGAGGCUGUUCGACAACUUGGGGGUGAGCAAGUGGCCACUCCUAAACAAAUUAGAGACCUCAUGCAGGUGGAUGGUCUCACAAAUGAUGAGGUGAAAAGCCAUUUGCAAAAAUAUAGACUCCAUGUUCGAAAACUUACAUCUUCUUCAAAUACAAAUGGCUUAUGCAUGGCCCAAGAUCAAUGGGGAGAGCACUCAAAUCCAAACACCUCUCGGUCUAGUUCUCCACAGGGUCUCCUUAGCGUGGGAGAUGACUACAGCAAUGAAGCAGGAGAUGAGAAAUCAGAUGGUCUUAGUCGUAAAGAUGGCUAGAAAAGGCAGCAGAAGAUUGUAGACUCUUUGAAACCCCCAUGAUUUUUUCAGAUACAAAUAAACGUGGGGAAUAAUAAGAUUUUAUGGACGUAUAAUUAAUACUUCUGACACGGAGAGAUAGAGAGAGAGAGGAAUUUGUACUAAAGUUGCUUUUUUCUUUCUUUUCUGAAGGCCCUACUGCAGAGAAAGGUGAGGAGGGUUUUAGCAGCCCUAUUGACAAGUUUACUCCUCUACUUUUAAAGAGGUUUAUGCUAUGACCAUAGGUAGGGGGAUACUAUUACUAGACUGAGAGAUGACAGGACAGUCUUUACUCAUGAUGUUUUCUAACAUAUGUUCAACAUUUAACUCCCUUUCAGUUAGUUGUGCUCUAAUAUCAGAUUUUUAGGUUUGAUUUGCCUUCUCCUUU